AUGCCUGGGUCAGAAACUGCCUUAGAGGAACUGAUGUGCCGGGUGCUAGGAGACUUACUACAAGAGGGUGUUGUCGCCAAAUUAGCGGAUGACCUAUAUUGUGGUGGAAAUUCGGAAGAAGAACUUGUCUCAAAUUGGAGUCGUGUGUUAGCAGCUCUUCAGGAGAAUAACUUGAAACUUAAGCCCACCAAGACAGUCAUCUGUCCAAAGUCUACAACAAUUCUUGGCUGGACUUGGACACAGGGUAAACUUUCUGCAUGUAAUCACCGCCUAGCAACUCUGUCUACAUGCCCAGCUCCAGCUACUAUUCAUGGUUUACGCUCAUUUAUUGGUGCUUAUAAAUUUUUAGGCCGCGUCCUACCAAACUGUUCCCAGAUGAUGGCAUCUCUAGAUAAUAUUGUUGCUGGCAAGAACUCUUCAGAAAAAAUUUCCUGGAAUGAUGAUUCUAUUAAGCACUUCCAGAAUGCACAGGCUGCUCUAACAUCCCAUAGGUCUAUCCUUCUCCCUCGAUCCACAGAUCAGCUAUGGAUAGUUACAGAUGGUUCAGUGAAAAAUCAUGGCAUUGGUGCUACAUUAUAUGUCACCUGUAAUGACAAGUUGUUCCUUGCAGGCUUUUUCAGUGCUAAACUUCGAAAACAUCAGCAGGUCACAUGGCUACCUUGUGAGGUUGAAGCUCUUAGUAUAGCAGCGGCAGUGAAGCAUUUUAGCCCUUACAUUAUACAGUCAGAUUUACAAGCAUGUGUUCUCAGUGACAGUAAACAAUGUGUACAAGCCAUUGAAAAGUUAUGCCGAGGAGAGUUUUCCGCCAGCCCAAGAAUAACGUCUUUUCUCUCGAUCGUUAGUCGAUACCAGGUCAAUCUUAAACACCUUGCUGGCUCCGCCAAUAUUCCGUCUGAUUUUGCAAGCCGAAAUGCUCCCAGUUGUGACAAUCUAGGUUGCCAGAUAUGUACUUUCAUCAGACAUACUGAGGACUCUGUUGUUAGAACAAUACAAGUAGAAGACAUACUUACCAGUGUCAGCCACUUACCAUUUACUACCAGGUCAGCUUGGAGAGCGGUACAGUCUGAGUGCCCUGACUUGAGGCGUGUUCAUGCUCAUUUAUCACAAGGCACACGACCCUCGAAGAAACUCACGAACAUACGAGAUGUUAAACGUUACUUAUCUGUUGCUUCAAUUGCAAGGGAUGGUCUACUAGUUGUUACAUGUACAGAAUCUUUGUCUGCACCUGUGGAGUUGAUAGUCGUUCCAAGAUCAACUCUUGAUGGCUUGGUCACUGCUUUACACAUCAAAUUAGAUCACCCAUCUAAACAUCAGUUACAACAGGUUAUGAGGCGUCAUUUUUAUGCCCUAGAUUUGAGCCAGGCUGUGGAAAAAGCAACCGAUACUUGUCAUACUUGUGCGUCCUUGCGCAGAUUUCCUCCAGGUCUUCUAAAACAAUCUACAGAAGACCCUCCUGAAGCAGUUGGCUUAUCGUUCGCUGCAGAUGUCAUGAAACGUAGUAAACAAUUAGUGCUCGUUUUACGCGAAACUUCAACUUCAUACACUGUCGCGUCCUUCAUUGACAAUGAAAAAUCAGACACUGUUAGAGAUACAUUAAUAUGUCUUUGUACUGAGUUACACCCUAUACAUGGACCUCCUGCAGUAAUAAGAGUUGAUCCAGCUCCUUGUUUCAUAGCAUUACGCGAAGACAACCUGUUUCAUCGACUUAAUAUAAUUCUAGACAUAGGUCGGGUUAAAAAUGUCAAUAAGAAUCCAGUGGCUGAAAAGGGAAUCUUAGAGCUUGAAGAUGAAAUUAUUCGUAUAGAGCCAGGUGGCGGACCUAUUUCGAAAACACAGCUCGCAAUUGCUGUCGCUAAACUUAAUUGUCGCAUUCGGCGUGAGGGGUUAUCUGCCAGGGAGUUAUGGACACAGAGAAGUCAAUUCACGCAUUAG